CUUGUUAAAAUUGUACCAAGAUACACUUUGCAAUUACACAUUUGUUCGGACGUGUGGACGGAUCAAUCAGAUGAAAAAUGUACUGCGCUGCUUUAUUUAAACAUAUGAUCAGAUCUCAGUAAGCUCUGAACAAGAUGGCGUUCUUCAAAAACAACUUCUGGGGGGAGAAGAACGCGGGAUUCGAUGUGCUUUACCACAACAUGAAGCAUGGACAGCUUGCCACCAAAGAGCUGGCAGAGUUUGUGCGAGAGAGGGCAGCCAUCGAAGAGACAUACUCCAAGUCCAUGAACAAGCUGGCCAAGAUGGCUUGCAACGGAAGCACGUUGGGGACCUUUGCCCCCAUGUGGGAUGUUUUCCGCGUUUCGUCAGACAAGCUGGCCCUCUGCCACCUAGAGCUAAUGAGGAAGAUGAACUCCCUCAUCAACGACAUCAACAAGUAUGGAGAAGACCAGGUCAAAAUGCACCGCAAGACCAAGGAGGAGGUGGUGGCCACACUGGAGUCGGUGCAGAUGCUGCAGGUCCAGAACGGACAGCUGCAGAAAGCCCGGGAGAACUACCACAGCAAGUGCUCGGACGCCGACCGUCUGCGCAGGGAGGGAGCCCCGCAGAAAGAGCUGGAGAAGGCGGAGAUGAAGUCAAAGAAAGCAGCAGAGUCCUUCAGCUCCAGCGUGGAAAAAUACAACCGUGUGGGCGGAGACUUCGAGCAGAAAAUGUCCGAAUCGGCACAGGUAAGGGGCGGGGGCUGCAGGCAGGGUCCAAUCAGUGGAGGCUGGAGGCUUGUGACACUGCGGGUGGGGAGGAUCUGGCUGGAACAGGGAGACAGCUCCUUUCAGAUGCUCACCGCCCAUUGGGUGCAAGUGCAUGAGGAGUUCAAGCAGAACGUGGAGAAUAUCGGGAUUGAGAACCUCAUUAAGAAGUUUGCUGAGCAGAAGGGCACGGGCACGGAGCGGCCAGCUCCAGUGGGCUUUGAGGAGUUCAGCUCCAGCCAGGUACCAGAGGGCAAGAAGAGCCGCAGCAAAGCCUUCCGCAUCCCAGGCCUGGGGAAGAGGGACAAGGAGCCUGACUCCACGGACACAGCUGUCAGCGAGGCUCCAAAUUCCCCGCAAGUGGACGACGAGGGCUUCGUGAUCCGAGCGGACGGUGGUCAGAAUGGCUGCUCCCAGGAGAAAGACUGCAGCUUCUUCUCCAGCGACUCCGACUUCGACGACGACGAACCCAAGAAGUUCAACAUCCAGAUCCGUCCGGUGGGCAACGGCGGGAGGGGCCACCCAGCGGCCGAGGAGCGGGAGCUGAGGGCCACCGUGGGGGCCCUGACGCUGCCCCCCAACAGAGCGGUCUCUAUCAAGAGGCAUCUCUCCCGGAACUCCAGCUGCAUGGUUGGAGCACGCUCAGAAGGGGAGGGGGACAGCGCCCCCCGCAGGGACAGUGAAAAGGAAGGAAUGCGGAGAUCAACCUCCAGCCCUGAUCAUGGCAGGCUGAAUUGCAGUGUUUCUGGCUCAGAACAGCUCUUCGGACCUCCACUAGAUUCUGCCUUCAAGUCCAGUAGCUUUGCGGAUGCUGCUUUUUCCUCGGAGUCGUCCUCUCCUGAGAACGUGGAGGACUCAGGGCUGGACUCCCCUUCCCAUCAGCCUCUGGGUCCCUCUCCGGAGCCGGCAGGCUGGGCGGCGUGGCCGUCGACCGCGCAGGGCAGAGAGCCGGCUGGCCUAAGCCGGGCGCCCGACCCCUUCCUGACCGCAUUCCGAGACCCGUCUCCGGGCCGGACCCCUCCCGCUCAGGACGACCCCUCAGGGGUGUGGCCUGGGGCCCCCCGCUCCCCCCGGCCGGCCCCCGAGCUGGACCCGGCCUUCUUCACCUUCCCCGCUUUCGGCCGAGGCCUGGCCCCGCCCGAGCCCGACGCCCCAGUGUGGAGCUGCAAGCACAUCCCCCCGGAGGACCCCUUCCUGGUCGCUUUCGAGAGGACCGCCCCUACCGAACCCACCGCCGUCUCCCCGGAGCCCUGGGCCCCCGCCCGGCCCCGCCUCUCCCGGGACGGCCGGGGCCUCAAAGACCCGCACAAAGCGGGGCCGGAGGCCCACCCUUUCGCCUCCCACGCCGAAAAAAAGGCCCCGUCCGCUUCAUCGUCCUCGUCGCAGAAAGAGAGAGACAGGGGUAGCGCCGCCAUUUUGGAGUCUCCCGAAGACCCCUUCUCCAUCACCAUCAUCGGCAGCCCCUCCCACCAGUCCUCCCUGGCCGCGGCCGCUGCGGCCCAGAGCUCCGCUAGCAGCAGGCUAGCCCCCGCCCCCGGCUCCACCCCUGGCCCUAACUCCGGCUCCGCCUCCAGGCCUCGGAAGGAGCUGGUGCGCUGGAACUCCAUGCACAACCCCUUCAGCGACACCACCGGGGCACCGGCGGGGACAGGAAGCGGCCGGAAGGAGGCCAGGAAGCAGCGUGCUUCGGAGGGAGGCCUGCGCAGGAACGGCCUGCCUCUCACACGGCAUUCUGGGCCGCAGGAGGACCUGUGCUUCUCCACGGAAAAUGACCAGAACUGCUUAAGCCUGAGCACUCAGCCUUCCCGGAGCGGAGACACACCUCCUCCCUCUCGACGGGACAGUGCAGAACUGCUGUUGGCAGCUCCCCCUCGCCCGUCCCGAUCCAGGAGGGUCACUGCAGGCCGGCAGAGUGGCUCUGAGCGGUCCAGGUCCCUGUGCUCGUCCCCCCGGACUGGCCCCAGCCCCCCGCUCACCGUCUCCUCCUCGUCUUCCUCCAGCCCGAGCGAGUGGGGGGGGCAGCCCACAGUCACCCCCCGAGCAGCCAGCCCCGCCAGAGCGGGGUUAUCGCGGGGGCCCAGCCCGAUCUCCCUCAGCGCCCAGGAGUCGUGGCCAGUGGCGGCGGCCAUCACAGAGUACAUCAGCGCGUACUUCAAAGGCGGGGAGCACAACCGCUGCCUGGUGAAGAUAACAGGUGACCUCACCAUGUCCUUUCCCGCCGGAAUCCUGCGAAUCUUCACCGCCAACCCCAACGCCCCCGUCCUCAGCUUCCGAUUGGUCAACAUCGCUCGCGUGGACCACUUCCUGCCCAAUCAAAAGCUGCUUUACAAUGACCCCUCCCAGAAUGAUCCGGACAACAGGGACUUCUGGUUCAACAUGCAGGCCCUGAAUCUGUAUCUGCAGAGAGAGGCUGAACUCAAUCCCCAAGCCUCUUACUAUAACGUGACUCUGCUGAAGUACCAGUUCUCCUCCCAGGACCCGGGCAGCGCCCCCUUGCUGCUGUCUGCGGAAUGCCAGCGCAGUGGCACGGUGACCCGCGUCUCCCUGGACUACCACUGUUGCCCGGCGACCGCUCCGGCAACCCAGCUCACAGGCGUGCAGGUCAUGAUGGCCCUCGACCACACCGCCACUGACCUGCAGUGCCAGCCCUCGGCCUCAUGGAAUACGGAGGAGAGACGGUUACUGUGGAAACUGCCGAGCCUAUCCCCCACCAACCACAGCAAAGGCUCAGGGACGCUGUGCGCCAGCUGGCAGUGUCUGGAGGUGCCCCGCGGGCCCCCGCCCAGCCUCCUGGUGCAGUUUGUGGGGUCCGGGGCCACCCUGUCGGGCAUGGACGUGCAAGUGGUGGGAGGCCGGUACCGCAUGUCGCUGGUGAAGAAGAGGUUCGCCACAGGGAAGUACAUGGCCGGCUGCUCGAUCUGAGCGGAAGAAAAGCCUCCUGGGAGCUUUCAGAAUCCAAACGCACUUUCGUUUAUUUCCUCCGGACUCCACCAGGAGCCCAAAACCCAGAUCAAGGGACCAUCACACACCGAGGACGUCACGUCCACUGUCCCACUACCCGGUCCCCACCUUGUGAGGGGGGGGGGGACAUGCACUUACCUGGGACCAUCACACAAAAACUAGUACUUACCUAGAGUUUUUCUUCAUUGGCUCACAGUUCAGAAACCCUGCCCCUUCUUUGUGAGAGUGUACUUAAUUAUUUUUCUUGUGCUUUAAGCAAUGUGAAUUGUGUGUGCCUUGGGUGAAGAUCUUGACUUGGGGGAAACCAUGGAUGUAACCAAUUGGCAUGGACUAAGGAAUGUGUACAUACAAAUAUGUCUCAUACAUAUGUACCUGGACUGGAAUUGCCAUGAAAACUGCAUUUUUUAAAUAUUUAUAUAUUGCAAAAGGUAGAUGCAGUAGUUAGUUACGCAGAUGUGUCUGGGUUGUAGAGUACGUGUGAAGUUCUCAUCAUGCAGGCAAAUCGUGUGAAUCGGUGAAAGAUUCGUUCAGGUGAGACUAAUAAAACUGCCCAUUUUUUUCAAAGACAA